CAGACAAUGAGGAGUUCCGCAACGUCAUUCUGAGAGAAUGGGAAGCCUCUGAAGAAUUGGAAUCUCCAGGCAACCCUUAUGUUGGGGAUUCCAUUACUCUCUUUAGAAAAUCUGCUUGGCGAGACUGUCUCUACACCUAUUCAAGGGAAAGAUCCUGGUCUGAGACGAGUAACCGAACUUGAAGACAUGAAUAUUAAUUUGUGUCCUUUUAUAACAGAGAAGGAAAAUUCAUCCGAAAGACAACAAUCUGAAGACGGCGAGUUAUCUGACGAAACGUCGGAAGCUGGAGUCCCAAACAUCUUCGGCGUCGUCGCUGAAACGCACGAUGUUUCUAGAGGUAAACACAAUACCUUGGGCUUCUUUGAUGGUCAGAGUUGUCUUUCGUCAACGUUCAACAGUGAUAAGAGUAUUCCGAUGAGGAUAAGAUCGAGGAAGAAAACGAAGAAGAGUCCUGGGACUAACGAGACAAAAGUGAGAGGGAGUGUUGGAAUAAAGCAACACUUUCGCUCUCUAGUCAGGCCCGCAAGCCUUUGUGCAUGCGCGCCGACUGCGCUCGCUUGGAGAGAGACUCUCGACGCUCCUCCGGCUAGAGUAACGUCAACCCUCACAGAGAGCGCACGUUCGGUCACGUAGAGUUAAUAUCGAUAUUAUUUAAUAAAGCCUUGGUACUUAAAAGAUUAUUCAAGUGUUCAGUGUACUUAAUCCGUCCACCUCACUACUAGGUCUUAUCGAUUUCUGUAGGUGCCCCACGUUAGGUGGCAGCACCUCCCGACUGCAGAGAGAGAGAGAGAGAGAGAGAGAGAGAGAGAGAGAGAGAGAGCAGCCAUGCUGCGAGCGAGGGCCGACGCCGAGCAGAGUUCCGCAGACCACGGUACAAGUCGGUUGAGCUGGAGAGAGAGAGGAGAGAAUAAAGUGACUGUUCAAGAGAAGAGUGUUCCAUCUCUGGCCUAGCCUAGACGUCCUCUUCCCACAUUGGUGACCCCGACGCAGGCUUCUCGACGAUGAGUAGACGAGCGCCGACGAGAAGAAGAAGAAACGCACAUCUCGGCAAGUCUCUCCAGCCGCGGAGUCUUUGUCUCGCACGUCGCAGACAAAGACAUUUUGUGAUUGCGUCAUUCUUCACGCACAUCGCACACUCCCGUGUGCACGCUGGCACGCCGGUGCACACGCGGAGCAUUAUCGACAACCAAGUCGAUCUCCUCGACACACGUCUUUUCGUGUCGAGAGCGGCAGCAACAAGUCCUAGCGACGCGCCGUCAUUUUGAGCUAUACGCGCGCAGGCACGCCGGCGCGUAUAGUCUCCCCGCAACUAUACGUUGCACAACGUGGAAGCCCUCGCCGAUGGACUAAAUCUUCUGCGCGAAGCCACCGUCACCGGCGCCUUCUCAGCGUCAAGGCCGUGACCUUUGGCGCUCUCCAACAAAGGAUUUGCGUGAAGCCAUCGACACCGGCGCCUUUUGUCCACCCAACCAACACCUCCUCAUCGGCAGCAGUAGUGGCAGAAUUGUAGCGUCGUGUGGGGCGAGACGUGCGAAAUUCUCACACUCAGUUUCAUAAGGCUUAGGGCACGUCAGGCCUCUCACGUGCAGACACGUUGCUUCCUUCUCCCGGACGUUGGUUCACGCAGAAGGAACAACAAUCAUCUCUAGUUGAGAGAGUCCUCUUACACACGCCGCAAGGUCAACUCAGCGCCGCGGCAUAUACAG